UUACCGCAACGCUGUUUGUAUAUCGACACAGUUACUGCCGACGUGGGUGUUGAAACGGCAUAUGUGUAAACAGCAAUAAAACACGUAGUGCGGUCCCGGAUAGGUAACCGCCUCCCCACGACAGCGUAAACGGGUGUUCCCUGGAAAACCAUCGAUGGGCGGGGUUGGACCAACUUUUAGAUUCUCGUGUCAAAUUAAACAUCCUUCGUUAGAGAACUGGAUGCACUGAAGUCGCGACGAGUCUGUGCCCUAACCGACAGAGGACCGUUGCAUGGUCUCUAUCAAUCUGACGACAAUUACAUCAGUGAAGAUUUGUUUUCCCUGUUUUAUGCUCGAAAGGAUGCAACCAAGUAGUUAUCCCACUCAGAUUCAAAGUUUUUUCGAGGAUGCGAAAAAUCAUGGAUAUCGAUGUCAAGAAUAUUGGUGGAUGUUUCCGACAGAUGAAACAUUAUCUGGAACAUGCAUGGUGAAGCGUAUCUACGGAUUUACGAACGUCAUCGUUCCGGGGAUGCUGCGCGCUGACAUUUCCGGGCCGGUCUUGUGUCAGGCGUCGAGCUCUUGCUCACCAUCUGCAAUCAGUUACAAAACCCAGCAUUACGAGAAGCCUCCGUAUUCUUAUAUUGCCUUAAUAGCGAUGGCCAUUAAUUCGACGCCGAAACGUCGAUUAACGCUCUCUGGAAUUUAUCAGUUUAUCAUGGACAACUUCCCUUACUACAGAGAGAAUCGGCAGGGCUGGCAGAACAGCAUAAGGCACAAUCUUAGCCUGAACGAUUGCUUUAUAAAGAUUCCGCGAAAUAAGACGAGCGUGAACAAUGACGAAGAUCAUAUGGCUGGAAAGGGAAGCUAUUGGACGCUGGAUCGAUCUACCAGUGAGAUGUUCGAAUAUGGCAAUUAUAGACGAAGGAGAACGAAAAGGCAGCGAAGCUUUGCUCAAGAGAAGCAGAAGUCUACGGAAUUAUCGGUGUCGGCCGAAUUUUUACCCAACUUGGAAAAAGAGAAACUUCAGCAACAAAAUAAAGUUAAUGAGAUAAUCGAGGGAAACGCCAUGGUAAAAGAUAGCAAAAUCGAAUAUACGGGUUCUCCAGGGCACAUUGCCAAAACAAUGACAUUUAGCAUCGACAACAUUCUACGGAAAUUUACAAGAUAAUCGCAAAUAUAUUGUAAUUUUGCGACAUAUAUGUUUUCUAUUGAAAAAUGGCUUUGGUAAUAUUAAUAUAAUAAUAGUACUCUUUCUUGAUAUCACAUACAUAAAUACAUAAUACACACACACGCAAUCAAUAAAUUAUAAAAUAAUACUUUGUAUUAAAAAAAAAAAAAUCUUUCUACAAAUUAUGUAUUUCAGAUAAUGUAAGCAGUUAUAUUUAUUAUAAAAUGUUCUAAUAUUUAUUAAUGUUCUAGUAUUCCAGCAUUCAAAUUAAUUUAUUUGCAUGACAUUGU